AUGUACGGAGACGAUUUUUCAGAUGAUGAUGAGCACAAAUACCCAAGGGACGAAGAACAUCAUGAAAUAAGUUUGCCUGUUAAAAAAUCUUUUGGUGGUAAUGCUGAUUCUGCCAAAAGUUCUUCCAACACAGAUGAUGCCAUUGAGGAUGAUUUUGCAAACUACAUUCUGAAGUGCAAAUAUGUGUAUAAGUGCAAGCUAUGUCGUAGGAUCACGUGCUUAAAUGAGGAGAUGGUCAGGGUACAUCUCAAAUCAAAGAGGCAUUCUCGGUCCAAGAAACUCCUAGGAGAAGGGAGGCUUAAGUGGAUGCUCAACAGUGACUGUGAGCUGGAGGAAGAGCAAGAGACGCAUGCUGAACGACAUGCUCGGACUAUAGCUCUUGCUCAGCACACGAGAAAUGUUCUCCUCUUGAUUUAG